UAGUUCAUUUUGUACAAAAAAAAAACUUUAAUUGUGUUAUCACUAAGGAAAUCAAUUGAAAUGACAAAAGGAAUGAUGAUGACAUUGACACAGUCAAGAGAGUAAAUGUUUGUGGAAGAUUAUGAGAGAAUUUCCUUGACGACUUCAUUCAUUCAGUCAAUUUUAUUGAAAGGUUUAAUCUGAUCGCGAUCAAUAAAUCAAAUCUUUUUAAUAUCAAUUUUAAUUAAAUAAAUAAAAGUUCAAAAAUGGUAGUUAAAAUGUUUGAAGAAAAUCACCGUAGGCAGUUAGUGAAAGAUUAUUUAGAAGCACAUGGACCGCAGUCAUUAAAAAUGUUGAAAGAUGGAUUUCAGAGAACUAAAGUUAAACUUCCUUUCACUGAAAGUGGCGAUAAAAUUCUGGGGGAAUGGUUGGAGACAAUUGAAGGUGUUGAACAUAAAUUUGCGAAAGGUGCGAUUGAAUAUUUCGUUUCGAAUGUAGACAAGAACAACAAUCAAAAUGUAAAUAUGAGAAGAAGACUUGUUCAUUCGCCAUUUUCAUCAACAUCAUCUUUAUUGUCGAAAACACGACAUUCUGAUGGAACGAACGAUUCAACUGCAACUAAGAAGUGCAUAAAUAUACAAAAUGACAAUGACAAACUUGAUUUUCCAAAUCUCUUCGGUUGCAUGUUGGUUGGUGAUGACAAUUUACUCAACAUCUCUUUGUUUGAUCUGAAGUUUCUACGAAAUCGUGAUGCGAAAGUUCGACAAAGCGGAAGUUGCAUAUCAGGAUUGACGAUAGCAAAAGCUACGAAACAAAUUGAAGAGAUUACCAAUCCAAUGAUUAAACAUGCGAUAAUUAAUGUCGGAUCAAUUGAUAUCGCUGAAGGUCGUCAACUAAUUGAGAUGAUAACAGACUUCUUUGAAUUGUUGAAUACUUGUGAACUUAAAUCUAUCACUCCAAUCAUCACAACACUUCCGCCUUUGCCCAACUACUCUCUGUUCAACAAGAAAGCGAUUCUUAACGAUUUCAAUUACUUCAUACGAAAAAACCUUUCGCAACAACAUUCUGUGAUCGAUUUGAACUUGUGCAUGUUGACGAAAGAUGGAACUGAGAAUUUGAGCUUUUAUCAGCCAGUGGGACGAUAUACAAGUGGAACCAAGAAGAUGUUGCUUCUCUGGAAUAAACUCGGUCGUCGGCGUGUCCAUAGAAUGCUUAUAAGGAAUCUCGGUGCUGCCAUUCUUUACGAAGAGAAUUAUGUAGGAGUUUAUGUUUAGAUUUUAUAAUGUGUCGUUGAUAUUUGUUUAAUGUUAAGGAUUUCUAUUCGAUUAGACUGCAGUCUCGUCGAAGCAAACUUUCUUCAGAGACUUUCGGUGCAUCAGAAAUUGACGUCAUUUCUCGAUGCCCUCAAAGUCUUAUGAAGAAUUAACUAAAAUUAAUCUCAAGAAUUCUUUCCAUUCAUAUUUUUGCUAGCAAUAUGAAUGAUCAAAGAAUUCUUUAAAAAAAUUCAUUUCAAGGAAUUUAAAUCAACCUCGAAUUUCAUUGAAUUCCUUGAAUUGCAAUUUUUUUCUUGCUUAAAUUUUCUGUCAAUUGAUUUGAACAAUUUUCUCGUCGACAACAAAAUUGCCAGAUAUUAAAUAAAGUUAUUGUAAUUAAACUGUU